CCUGUGUCUCUACACUCGCUGAGGUAUGCAUUCUCUCUUACGAUCUAAUGACCUUACUUAUGACUUGUACCAUAGACUCUGUCUUCUAGGUACAGCUAAUGAUAUAGCUCCUGUGUCUCUACACUCGCUGAGACUCUGUCUUCUAGGUGAUCGCUACUGGUCGUAUCUCCACUGCGCGGUAUUGUCUGCGACAGAAGCAAACGAGCUCAAUGUUCCUGAUGAGUGGUAGUUUGCAAUUACUACUUUACUACUUCCGAGUAUUGUUUGUUCCGGCACAAGUGACCUGGCCUGUAGUCUAAGUCGUCAUAAUAUUUGUGCACUAUCUGUUCCGGUGACACACUGAUGAGCAGUGAUGCGCCCUAGCCCUGAAAUCAAUCUAUCACGUGCACUGAAAGAUCUCAAUGGAUUUGUCAGCGAGCUCGUCAAGGUUGUU